AUGUACAUAGUUUCGUACAUAGAGCUAGACAGCAUUCUUUGUUUACUCGAUGUACACCAGCCUUCGUACGCUCUAAUAUAUAGAGAUACGAUUUCGGACGCCAUGUCUAUCGACCCGGGCUCCAGAGUCCCGGUACGCGAGCUUGCUUGUACCGGCUUCUUUUCAGACUUCGACGACCCACGGCAUCCCGCCAUCCAGAAGCACCCUUGCAAGCAAUAUCGACCGCAACCGCCAACAGAUUCCUGA